UUUUUGAAUUAAAAUAUAUCCUGAACUCACAGAACAACAGAACAGGGUAUAGCUAGAAUACCGUAUCAAAGAAUGUGGUAAAAACUUUGAAAAUGAUGACCUCCUUUUAAGGACAUGAGGUGAUUAGACAAGGCCUCAGCGAGCGACAUCAUAAUUUAUUCUAUCCUUUAAACCUCAAAUAUUUGGACAACAGAUCUCUGAAUCUUAAGCAUGCGUCUGAAAACAAUGAUUCCAGCAGUACGCGUCAUGUUUUUAAUCAAAAGAUAAGACAUUGCAUGCAUAUGGUAUCUCGUUAAUUCUUACUCUGGCCAAACCAGUCCACUUGUCUUCAUUGGAAAGCAAGUCAUGGGUUUUGAAUAUACUAACGCAAAAAACUUGACGAACAUCUCAUCUUCCGCAAAUGAUUUUGAAGCAGAGGAUUCUAUUCUUGAAACUGGACUGAAAACAGCUAGUUACAGUUGCUUGUUUUUGGUGUCCGUCCUUGGAAACUGCUUGGUAAUUCUCGCAUAUAAACUCAACUCCAACGGAAAACUACGUACAGUAAGCAAUAAUUUUAUAGUGUCAAUGGCUGCUGCAGACCUGCUUAUAACUGUAGGCAGUGUACCUGAAAGAAUGACGAGAAUUCUAGCAAAUGAUACGUGGCUUUUACCGGGAACUUUAGGAAUAGCUGUCUGCAAAGCCGUCAACUUUAUCGAAAAACUCUCCAUGAAUGUAUCAGUUCUGCAUCUGGUGAGUAUUGCAGUCGACCGAUUUCUUGUGGUCUUUUUCCCUCGUCGAAAGUUCAUCACCAAAACUUUAUCUCAUCGCAUAAUCCUAUCAAUAUGGCUGAUAUCCUCAGGGUAUUGUUUACCUAUUCUUAUCUAUGGAAAAAUUCUAGAAGAAAAUGGCAAAAUGUAUUGCAAAGUUCGUAAGUUUUUUUCUAACUGGAAAAUUUGGUUUAUUUUUUUCUUGAUAAUUCUCUUCGGGACAUUCCUGCUUAUUGUUAUCAUUUAUUCUGCUAUUGCUGUAAAGCUGUGGCGUAAAAAGACACCUGGAGUAAGACUCUCGUUUCGUAGCAGACGAACAGAGAAACUCAACAUACGGAUCGUCAAAAUGGUGGCAAUGAUAGUAACAGUCUUUUAUGUGUGUUUUCUUCCAUAUUGGAUUGGAUGGGUCUUUUGCUCGUACCAUUUCAAUGAGGUUAUAUGCAGUAGUAGAUAUAUUUUCAUAGCUAUUUUUUUGUCUUACUCCAACAGCUCACUAAACCCAAUAAUUUAUACAAUUUUUAAUGAGAACUUUCGGUUUGCUUUCCGACUACUUUGGAGGAAAUUAUUCUGCGUGAAAGCUAAUGGUGGUUUAAGGGAACAUGCUGACGUUUUCGUAGUUGGCCUGCAUUUGGAACAGAUAACCUUCCCAACGGAAAGUAAAACAAAAGUUACGAAAUCUCGAUCUUUAGAUUUUCUUGGAACGAAAUUAUAAAACUUCGUUAAUCGCCUUAAUCAGUAUAUUAUAUAAGUUUCUGCUUUGGGUUAACAAAUAUCUAGUUUGUG